AUGAUGGACAAGCACAAGUAUCGCGUGGAGAUCCAGCAGAUGAUGUUUGUCUCCGGAGAAAUCAACGAUCCGCCUGUGGAGACCACUUCCCUGAUAGAAGAUAUAGUAAGAGGCCAGGUGAUAGAAAUUCUCCUGCAGUCAAACAAAACAGCACAUCUCAGGGGUAGCAGGAGCAUUCUGCCCGAAGACGUCAUUUUUUUGAUUAGACACGACAAGGCAAAGGUUAACCGUUUGAGGACGUAUUUGUCGUGGAAGGAUCUACGUAAGAAUGCCAAAGACCAAGACGCCAGUGCCAGCGUAGCAGCUGGGUCUGGGAAUCCUGGAGCCGGGGGUGAAGACGACUUGAAAAAGGCAGGUGGUGUGGAAAAGGAAGACAAGGAUGGCGGGAAUAUGAUGAAAGUCAAGAAAUCUCAGAUCAAGCUACCAUGGGAAUUGCAGUUCAUGUUCAACGAGCAUCCCUUGGAGAACAACGACGACAACGACGACAUGGAUGAAGACGAACGAGAGGCCAAUAUAAUUACUUUGAAAAGGCUGAAAAUGGCUGAUGACAGAACUCGGAACAUGACCAAAGAAGAGUAUGUGCACUGGUCUGAUUGUCGGCAGGCAAGUUUUACAUUUAGAAAGAACAAAAGAUUCAAGGACUGGUCCGGAAUAUCUCAACUUACUGAGGGGAAACCUCAUGACGAUGUUAUUGAUAUCUUGGGGUUCUUGACUUUUGAGAUUGUUUGCGCUCUGACGGAAACGGCACUAAAGAUCAAGCUAAGAGAACAGGUCUUGCAAACACAAAAGGACAAGUCCCAACAGUCUAACCAGGAAAACUCCAAUUUUGAAUUCACCUCGUCCACAGUUCAUAGGAAAAAAAGAUUAUUCGAUGGGCCUGAAAAUGUUGUCAACCCGCUCAAACCAAAACACAUUGAAGAGGCCUGGAGAGUACUGCAGACGAUUGAUAUGAGGCAUAGAGCUUUGACGAAUUUCAAAGGCGGGAGACUAAGUUCUAAACCAAUUAUCAUGUAA